GACUUUGGUCAGUCUGUGCAACAUUGCGGCAAUCUUGGAUCAAAUGAAGUUCUUGGAAGAUCUGAAGGUGCCGGAGCCCACAGAUCUCUUCGAGGAGCUUUCCAUCCGAAUGAAGACCUUCGUCAAGGUCGAGUCACUGGAUUACCCCACGCUGGCGGAUUUGUUUCCUGACUUGUCUCCAACGGUGGCAAGCUACACGAAGUCUGUGCAGACGAACGUCCUAGAUGAGGUGGGCAAACUCCGCAAGUGCAUCCAGAAGAAUGCUGAACGGAUUGUCAAGUACAGGAAGAUCCUGCCUGCUGUGGAGAUUUGGCAAUUGGACGGGGUGAAGGACCUUUGCGUUGAGAGCCCUGAGGUAGAGAACGACAUGAAGGGCCUAACCCGCUUUGUGGAGAAUUGCAAUGGCUUCGAUGGAUGGUGUCGCUCAUCUUUGGCGCUCAUGAAGGGGUCUACCUGGAAAUCUCAUGAUGUAUUCCAGGCGUUUACCGCCAUCAAGAAGGAAAUGGAGGCCUCCCGGAAAGAUGCCUCAAAGAUCGUGGCGUGCACUUCGUUUGUGGUCAUUUUGGAGAACCCGAAACUCCAGAAGGAGAGUUUGGACGUGAAGCUUUCCCAUGUUCGGAAGAUCAGCUUGUUUGUCAGUCAGAAGUUUUGCCUUAGCCUCACAGACUUGCCACCGGCACUCAAGACAAGGGUGGAUGCCUUUGGACGCGAUCCGGCCGAAGUGCCAGCGACCAAGGGCAAGGGAGCCAAGAG